GGCAUCCAGCGCCCACCCCGGGGUUUUAGUGGUGCGGCCCGAAGCGAGCUGGGACCUCAGACGUGGGAACGAGCCAGGCAUCCAGCCCUCGGGGCGACUCCGGGGCGACUCCACGGCGACCCCCAGGAUGCCAGAGGCCGGGGACUCCCGCCAGGACCUCAAGCGGUGGAAGAAGAAGAAGCAGCAGGUGCAUCGCACUGUCAGCCAGAUCUGCCCGCCCCCUCGGCGGCCCCUGACGGUGGCUGACAUCCGCCCAGGCAUGGAGAACGAGAGGCUGGGGGUCGUGCGGGACUCCAUGUUUCAGAACCCGCUCAUCGUCAAGGCUGAACUCGGCAGGCCCCGGGAGAGAAGCUGCAGCCUGCCUGGCAUUGACUUCAAUUACGGACUCUACAUCCGGGGGCUGGACGGAGGGGUCCCCGAAGCCUUAGGGCACUGGGACGUGUUUAAGCAGCAGCCCACCUGCCCCCAAGAGCUAACCCGGAACUAUAUCGCCCUGAACCGCGGGGCAGUGAAGGCUGGCCUGGUGACCGCCCGGGAGAACAUCCUGUACCGGCAGCUCAAGGACAUCCGCAUCAGCGACAAGGACGACCGGCGGACCAAGAAGGACGCACCCUCCCUGCCCCCAGACAUGACCUAUGGCAUCCAGGCACGGUGGGUCGCCAUCUUGACACGUUCCCCACCGAGGCUGAUCGCCAGAGAGCACUCAAAGCCCAGCGAGAAGAAUACGCAGUGCGCCAGGGGACCCUGCGCCUGGGCAACUACACCCACCCCUAGGCCCUCGCCUGCCCGGGGAAGCCCGUCGCAGCGGAGACCCCCGGAGGACUCAGCUCUCUCGCCAACCCCAACGCGACCCUCCUCCCCGUCUGCAGUUUCUGCUGUGCGAAGACCCAGUCAGGCCUUAGCUUGAUAUUUUUGGCAAGGCCCUCCCUUUAGGUUAGCCAAUACCAGUCCUACCUACCCCAGUGGCCCUCGACCUGGGGACUCCUCCUCCUCAGGCUCACCCUGCUUCUCUGCAAGCUCUCCCCUGACCCCAUGAACCCCAAUUACAAGGCAGUUUUAAAAAAUCCCGGCUAAGGGUCGAUCCUACGACUCUGCCCAUUAGGCAUCAAGAACCACCUGUGUUUCCUGCAGAAAGCGUGACAGUGACAUGCUUUGAAAGCUCUCAUUUCAUAUUCCAAACAUGAGUUUUAAUUGCUCUUUUUGGGAUGCCUAGUGUCUCGCCACAGCAGAAUAAUCUCUCUGGGACCCCUGACAGCAGGCAGAGCUGAUGGUUCAUUACUUGGACAGCCCCCACCCCUCAGCUCAGGGCCCCGUCAAUCAGUCAGGCCAGGCUAGACUUCCCACCAAGCCUGCCUGGGGUGUGGACCCCUCCCUAGAAGGAGAGAGGCUGCCAGGCCAGUGGGACUUCUCAGGCAAACUUCUGGGUGCUUCUUAACUCAAUUUUCUGCAGGUUCUUUGGCUUCUUCUCACAAAUUAUAUGCUGAUCUGUUUUAAAUUUAAAGGCUGUCUGUCCUCUCUCUCCCUCAAGUCCCUGUGUGUAAGCCAAUAAAGCCUGAAGCAGUGAGCCACCGAUAUGAGACUCACCCGGAGUCAGUGUGGCUGCCUGAGACCCUCCGAGGUUCACUAACCUCCAAGACAUACCCCGCACCCGACCCGAGUCAGGCAAGACUUGGAGCUUUACACUCCCUUUCUACCCUGGGGGCUCCCAAACGCCGAUAUUCACCUGGACUUCUCCCCGGAGUCCUAGACUCUCCACCCGGCUGCCCACCUGCCACCUGCAUGUGGUGCCUGGCAUUCCGCUCUAACCCAAACAGAAGACUCCAUCUUCCCACCAAGCCCACCUCCUCGUCUGCCUCUCCCGUGUCAUGAGACCCGUCCACCCAGCUGCUGCGGCCCAAACUGCACCAUUCUGUUCCCUGACGCCUGAGCCACCAGAAGCCUGUCACCACGACCUGCCCAACCCUACCCUGGGCCAGCCGCGGCUUUCCGCCUCACUGCACCAGCUGGAGGCAGCACCUUGGUCCUCUCUCUGGAGGAUCCCAGCCACCUCCCUGCUUCCUGGCCCACGGGGCAGUCCCCAGCCCCUUGGCACUCAGGGACUUCCAUCACUCCUGAGAAAGCCACAAUCUGCUGGCAGGAGAGCCACGGCCCACCCCUCGGGCUCCCCUCCCACCGUGGCCACUGGCUCACGCCUGCCUUGGCUCCUGCGCUUUGUGCUCCUUUUUCUCUCUGCCUGCAGGCCUGAGCCCCAACUGUCACCUGCCUCCUGCUUGUCAUUCAGAGCUUAGCUGCACCCCUCCUCAAAGGCCUUUCUCGGAAGAGCCCCAGGUGAAUUCCACAGCCUGUUUUAUUCUCUGCAGAGCCGUGACCUGCUCCUCUUUCCCUCUAGGAGGGAAGCACCGACCCUCCACCCACACCGCAGCCCACCAGAAGCCAGUUCACACAGAUGCCCCUGCCUCAGCAGGGCCUGAUGGACCCCACCCACCCAUGAGCCUGGACCCCUUACUCAGCACCAUGGAGACAACAUCCUCACUCAUUUCACAGUCCUGGGGUGGAACCCAGGGGUGCUCUACCCCAAGCUACAAUCCCAGUCCUUUUUUAUUUUGAGACAGGUUCUCACUAAAUCGCCCAGGCUGGCCUUAAACUCUUGAUCCUCCUGCCUCCUGAGUUGCUGGGAUCCCAGGUGUGCACUACCAUGCCUGGCACACCCUCACUCAUUUGGCCCAAGCUGCCCUUGACUCACUGAGCAACCAAGUCUGGCAGAGGAGAGCCCAGGCAGUACCAUGCCACCACUGUCAAGAGCACGGGCUCAGCUCCACCAAAUACUUUCUGCAGGACCUUGAGCAAGACACCUAUCCUCUGUGCCUUAUCUGUGAGCUCGACUAUCAUAGGACAUUUCCUCAAGGUACAUUAGAUAACGAUGGCUUUAAAUAAAGUAUAUAAUGUGAUUA